AUGACCCAUUCUAUUCCCCAGGAACUAGUAGAAGAUUGGCUUACGCCUCAGAGCGUCACAGCCAGCCCUAGGGACCACCAGCGCCCAUUUAAGCCUCCCCUGACUCAGUCUGGCACUGCGCAAGAGCGUACUCACUAUCAUGCUUCACCACCUGAACGGACGCACGCUACUGUAGAAGGACGGAAUCACCAGGCUGGGAUCAAACAGUUCCCUUUCUCCUGCAUAAGAGGACAUACAAGGCUUGAGAUGGCCAAUUACCCAAAAAUAGCCUUGGCAGAAGAUGAAUCUCAGAUCUACGGUGCGACAAGUUUGCUUCACGACCAGUCAUCGGAUACACCUCUGGCGAAUCGGAAAAAUAGAGAUACCGAGACGCUAUUUCUGUCUGCGGAGAUAGUUCGGGAUCAACUGAUCUCGAACGCAGCGAUCAGCAAGCAAGAGGAGCUUCGCCUCACAUUCAUACCUAGUCUUGGCACUCGAAUAGAUUUUGAUGGUGUUCCCAUAGAUUUGGCACUGCAUCUCUUGGAGUUGCACUGGAAUCGCCAACACCUCUCAUACCUGCUCACCUAUCGCCCUGCCAUAAUGGACAGCCUCGUCAACAAUGGCCCAUAUGUUAAUAAGCUGCUCUUGAAUGCUAUUCAUCUGCAAAGUAGCCUAUAA